GCAGCAUCUGCACUUUAUUCUUUUUCUUAUAUAAUGCAGUAGUACGCGAAAAAACUGUGAAAGCAAAUUUUCUCGCCCCGAAAUAUAAUUGCUAUAGUUGUUUUGACGUUUCAAAUAAUACUCUUUCCAAGAUAUUUUUACAAAAUACCCUAACUCAAGAUGUUGAAUCCUCGCAAGGAAGGAGCGUCUCGACCACCUCUCCGUGGCGGCGUCCUCCUGUGCCUUUUUCUCUCCUCACAGACGGAGCGUGCCGCAGCGUCUUGGCUGUGGCGUUCAAUGGGAACAGCGGGAACAUCAACAGAAAGCACCACAUCCCCUGGCAACGGCGUCGCAUUGUCGAGCGGGUCAUCCUCGCAGCACUACAAGCCGGUGAAAAAGAAACCGAAAAUAAAACGCCACUCAAACGCCAGCGACAGUGGCAACACGCGGCCGUUGGGGCAGAUGAAGCUGGAUGAAAAGGCCGGGUGGUGGCCGAACCUGGGGUCCAACAACAGCGUCGUUUCGGACGCGUCGACAAAGUCGGCCGGAAGUAGUAGUGCCAGUACGCACGUUAUGCAUUGCAAAUAUGUCUGGGUCUGGAAAGAAUGGGAUUUGUGAUGCACACUCUCGAUCACAAAAAAAACUUGUAUAGCAUGAGUAGCAAAAGGCACUCAGAUUGUUGCCACCCGGACGAGAGGGCAUUUCUCAUGCAGGAUAGGCAUGAGGACGCCUUCGCAAAAGCUGUGAUGCUAGAGCAUGCAUCACAUACGUCGGAGGUCAUAUACCAAUUGCAUGACAAACUCUCCCAAUGUUCCAGACCCAGACAUAUUUGCAUUUGAUACACGUCUCGUCCAGCCUCGCGAGCAGCUCGUCCUUGUCCUCCCCCUUCGCGACGCCCAAUCAUGGAACAGCCCGAAGAACAAGUUCGGGUGCCAUCAGUCCCUUUGAGCCGUGGAGGCGCAGGGUGUCUUUCGGAUUCAGCGACGACCAAGAUGUUGUUGAAAGCCGGAGCCCGGGACGCGCAGUUUCUGGUUGGAAACACGAGAUAGAGGAAAAGCGACAUCAUAGUUGUUCUACCUUGCCGCAGGUUGAUGUUGUCCACGCGGAGGAGCAAUUGGAACAACCAGCACUGGAGCAAUUUGCUCUGUCCUCGUGCGUUGAAACUGGAAGUUGUAAUCAGAUGCAACGAGGAGCACAUCAUGGAGAGCAAGACACGGCGCUUCCUCGCGCCGUCGAGAAAGAUGCGCUCCUCGCACCAGCCACGAAAAUAACUACAAGUUCUGCAACUUCUUCUGAGGCCGACGUGUCUCGGUCCUACCGCUUCGCAAAUGUGUUUUCCCAACUGCUGCAACAGCGGGACGCGGACGAAAAGGGUACUAGAAAAGCACUAGAUCAUGUUGACCAACAUCAACAGCCGAAUAAGGAAGUUCUUCACUACAGCACUUCUUCUACAGUUCUUGCGUCACCUGCAUCUUCUUCACAAGUCGCCGACACACCCGCACCGGUCCCGGGCACGCCGAGAACCAGUUUUUUGUCCAAGACGCUCGGGCAACUCGUUGUCACGCCACGGCCGGUCGCUGGUAGAAGUACCACAGCAAGUCCCUGCACGGCUGUUGAAAAAAACCAUAAGCCGGUCGAAACUUACAGUUCAACUACACCAGACAACAAAGCAAAACCGGAAAACGAGGGGGAAGAAGAUCACGAGAAGAGAUUGCAGGGCGCCGAAGGAGAUAAUAUUUUUAAACCAACAAAACCAAAUGCUGCUGCUUCUGCUUCAGAAGUAGUAGCACUACAUCUACAUGCAGGAGCUGUAUCUUGUGGUGACCAUCUACUUCCGGCGGAACAUGUGUUAGCAAUUCCCGACGAGGAGGGGCCACUCCACUUUGAACCGCACCACCAGCUAAGUGCCCCGUGGCAAACCCUGAGUACCGCGAGCGACUGGCGUCGAUACACCGGCGGGCGAGGGGAUGACACCUUCUUCCGGCAAACCUCCACUGGCAGCGACUACCUGCGAGUUCAGCUGGACAACAACGAUUCGCCGGUGGGAACAAGCGCGGAUGUUGUUGUAACAGAUCAAGCGGUGGUUGAAGCAACCAGAUCCGAAGCGUCGGGGGGGCGGGAAGCAGGAGGAGAUUCCCGUGUGCCAAUGCAGGAAGAGGAGGACUACCAGGAAACAUACGGCAUGGGAACCGUGCUCGGGGAAACCUGGUGUUAAUAAUUUUUUGCGGUGUGUUGAAAAAGUUGUUUUCCGUCUUUAAUACCGAUUUCUACUCAACAGAGGACAUACAAAAUAGCACUCAUAUGCGGGUGAGGAAAAGGUAGAGGAGGACCUGUUGAAUUACGUGUUUAUCGAAAAAUGCCCGUAGAACAGGAAGCGCAUCUGUGCAAAUAAUUCUGUACACAAAUUCCUAGUAUACGAAACUAGGUAUGUAAACAAAAGGGACGAAGAUGCUCGACACAUGUAUGAAAAUGCGUAAAUCUAGUUGACAUGGCUCGAGACAAGUGUAGUGUGAUACGAGGCCGUCCACAUGAAAUGACUACUCAACCUCCGUAUGUCCUCGUCUCUCUAUCAAACUUACUCUGACACCGCAGCCUAAUGACGACGUAUUUAUUUUUGCUCCCGAUAAAAGAUAUCCGUUGCAGGGGAAACGAAAAGUUUGCUUCCUGAGACGAAAUCGCAAUUGCAUAUCGCUGCUGGCCAAAACCAACUCUCUACUGCCUCUGCGGACGGAUGAUGUCAACUGCGUCGUGUCUUAACAAAAAUAAAAGAAACACAGUACAGACCAAUGAUAUAUAUUUUCUUGCAUAUUUAUUGAAACAGUCCGCACCGAAAAGCAUUUCGAUAAGGUUGACCGCUGUAAGUGACAUCUGCAGCUCUUCAACACCAGUAUCGAAAAUAACUUUUGACGAAACAUAAAAGUAAAAAGCUAUCUGGACUCAUCAAAGCGCCUAGUGCUGGAGUCGAUCGACCGGCCUGAGAUCACUUCUUAUCGAGUCUGGAAGUUUUUUGAUCUCUUAAGUUGCAAAACCAAAACCAUGAAAAAAAACCUCGCAGAC